CUGAACCUUUGUUUUGAGCUCCAUCCAUCUCUUCCGCGCGUCCAUCCUCGCCGGACAGUGGCAAAUAUCCACCCUCAAUUUUCCACCCGGGAUCCUGAUACCUUGUCGACGGUUCAGUGAGUCCAGUUAAUGAGAUGCCUGGUCUGUAGCUUUUACAUCGUUCAGUGAUUGAAAGGAGCUCCCACGGUACUUUUGGCUGGGGUGAUCCCAUUGAGCUGUAGCCUGUAAGGAAGGACUAUAAGUACUACAGCUGGCUUUUAGCAAAAUGGGUGAUACACCAAGCUUACAACUGGGUGUUAUCGGAGCUCUGGUUCUAUCCGUGGCAUCAUCAGUGGCCAUUGUCAUCUGCAACAAAGCUUUGAUGAGCAAUCUCGGUUUCCCAUUUGCUACAAGCCUGACUAGCUGGCAUCUCAUGGUUACGUUUUGCACUCUUCACGUGGCACAACGCUUCAAUGUGUUCGAGAGCAAGUCCAUUGACAUGAAGACUGUGAUGCUGUUUGGCAUUCUGAAUGGUGUAUCCAUUGGACUCCUCAACUUAAGCCUUGGGUUCAACUCCGUUGGCUUCUACCAGAUGACAAAACUUGCAAUUAUACCCUUCACUGUGUUAUUGGAGACUGUCUUCCUAAAAAAGCAAUUCAGCCAGAAGAUAAAGUUUUCACUUUUGCUUUUGCUUGUUGGAGUAGGAAUUGCAUCCAUAACUGAUCUCCAACUCAAUCUCCUUGGAUCCAUCCUUUCAAUUCUGGCUAUUGCAACAACAUGUGUUGGUCAAAUUUUAACAAACACCAUACAAAAGAGGCUCAAUGUAUCGUCUACGCAGCUGCUCUACCAGUCUGCGCCAUUUCAAGCGGCUAUACUUUUCGUCUCAGGUCCCUUUUUAGAUCAGUGCCUCACUAAGCAAAAUGUUUUUGCCUUCAGAUACUCCCCACUGGUCUUGACAUUCAUCAUCCUUUCAUGCUUGAUAUCAGUGUCUGUGAACUUUAGCACCUUCUUGGUAAUAGGCAAAACAUCCCCAGUGACGUACCAAGUGCUUGGCCAUCUAAAGACUUGUCUCGUUCUCGGCUUUGGAUAUACAUUGCUACAUGACCCCUUUACUGAAAGGAACAUUAUUGGCAUCUUCAUUGCCAUUUUUGGGAUGGGCUUGUAUUCCUACUUCUGCACACAUGAAAAUAAAAAGAAACAGGCUGCUGACCUUUUGUUGACAGUUGUUUCUCAGAUCAAAGACAAAGAAACUGCGCCUCUGCUGGGGGGUAAGAAUAUGGGCCUCCAAGAUAAAGAAAGUCAUGAGGUAAACAAGUCUUCCAAGGAUUCCCUUGUUUAAAUUUUAAAACAAGAUAGUAGAUAUUAAAAAAAAAAAGGUUAAAAAAGCCUUUCAGAUAUUUUGAAGAGUGUAGGUGUAAAUGAUUAUAUGAUUCUUUAAAUAAGAUUUCAAAUUCUUCGUUCAUUGGGCCUUCCUCUUCGCAGUGCCAUAACUUUUAGUUAUUGUUUUGGGGCCAAAUGAGUGACAAACACGUCAGGGUGUCUUAUGUUCUACCUAACGAAAAGUUAAUGUUGACGUCGACCUUUCCUCGACUCUUCAGUCUUCACCCUUGGAUUCUAUAUCUUGCUUUAGUUCUUUUGUAUGACAUUAUCUAAUGAAUUAAUGUGCCUACUUAAUGAAAGCACGUUGCUUAUGUAUAAUAUGCAUGAUUAUAAUAUAAACAUAUCAUUUUUUGCUCAU